UAUAACAGUGGCAGGAGGAGGAGAGCAAAGCUAUUGAGCCAGCGAGGAGUGAAGCUGAGCCUGGCCUCACACGCUCCUAGAGGACCACCUCCUGAGACAGAGUUCUUUUUCCCCCUUCUUCUUCUUUCUCCAAGCUCCCCUCCUGCCCUCCCUCCCUGCCCAGUACAAUGCAUUCUUGAGUGGCAGCGUCUGGACUCCAGGCAGCCCCAGAGAACCGGAGCAAGCCAAAGAGAGAGGACUGGAGCCAAGACACUCUGGUGGGGGAGCUUGGAUGCCUGGCUUCCUUUGAGGACAUCUUUGGAACGAGGGUGGCUUUGGGGUGGGGAGUUGUGCUGCAGGGAGUCCAGCCAGGCCCCAAGAUGGACACUUCUGGGCACUUCCAUGACUCCGGGGUGGGGGACCUGGAUGAAGACCCCAAGUGCCCCUGUCCAUCCUCCGGGGAUGAGCAGCAGCAGCAGCCGCCGCCGCCGCCGCCACCAGCACCCCCAGCAGCCCCCCAGCAGCCCCCAGGACCCCCGUUGCAGCCUCAGCCUCCGCAGCUUCAGCAGCAGCAGCAGCCGCCGCAUCCCCUGUCUCCAGCCCCCCAGCAGCCCCCAGGACCCCCGUUGCAGCCUCAGCCUCCGCAGCUUCAGCAGCAGCAGCAGCCGCCGCAUCCCCUGUCUCAGAUCGCCCAACUCCAGAGCCAGCCCAUCCACCCCGGCCUGCUACACUCCUCUCCUACUGCUUUCAGGGGCCCCCCUUCAUCCAACUCCACCGCCAUCCUCCACCCUUCCUCCAGGCAAGGCAGCCAGCUCAAUCUCAAUGACCACUUGCUUGGCCACUCUCCAACUUCCACAGCCACAAGUGGGCCUGGUGGAGGCGGCCGGCACCGGCAGGCCAGCCCCCUGGUGCACCGGCGGGACAGCAACCCCUUCACAGAGAUCGCCAUGAGCUCAUGCAAGUACAGCGGCGGGGUCAUGAAGCCCCUCAGCCGGCUCAGCGCCUCCCGGAGGAACCUCAUCGAGGCUGAGCCCGAGGGCCAGCCCCUCCAGCUCUUCAGCCCCAGCAACCCCCCGGAGAUCGUCAUCUCCUCCCGGGAGGACAACCAUGCCCACCAGACCCUGCUCCAUCACCCCAAUGCUGCCCACAACCACCAGCACGCCGGCGCCACCGCCAGCAGCACCACCUUCCCCAAAGCCAACAAGCGGAAAAACCAAAACAUUGGCUAUAAGCUGGGACACAGGAGGGCCCUGUUUGAAAAGAGGAAGCGACUGAGUGACUAUGCUCUGAUUUUUGGGAUGUUUGGAAUUGUUGUUAUGGUGAUAGAGACCGAGCUCUCUUGGGGUUUGUACUCAAAGGUAGGGGCUGCAGUUUCUCUUUAUACCUUGAACAAAAGGAAUAUGUAGGUAGCAAGAGAGAGAGGGAGAGAGAGAGCGCGCGAGUUG